AUGGCAUCUUCUGAAACACCAUCAUCACAACCACCAUCACAAGAAGCAUCUUCAGCUCAAAGUUUAGUUCAAAAUAAUGUUAGAGGGAAGACUGAUAUAGCUUGGGCACAUUGUACUAUAAGUCUUGAUGGAAAAUCUCUUGUUUGUAUGUACUAUCAUAAAUCUUUUGGUGGAGGUGGAAUUCAUGGGGUAAAGCAACACUUGGCUGGAAUAGUAGGAAAUUUUGAAAUUUGUAAGAAAGUGUCUGCUGAAAUUCGUUUCCAGAUGAAACAACAUUUCAAUGAGCGGAGCAAGAAAAGAAAAGCUUCGGAUGUGGCUGAAAGUGAGUCAUUUACUGCGGAGGGAGGUGAAUUGAAAAUUGGUGCAUCUAAAAAGAAUGACGCUCGUAUUGGUACUUAUUUUUUACCAAGAACAACUUUGGGAGCUCAGCCUACUUUAAAAAGUGUGAUGCAAAGUAAAGAAGUGAUAGAAAAGUGUGAUCUUGCUAUUUCCAAGUGGUUUAUUGAUGCAUCUAUUCCUUUUAAUGUUGCAAAUUCACCGUAUUUUCAACCUGCAGUUGAUGCUCUUUGUUGUAUGGGUGCUAGAUAUAAAGUUCCUACCAUGCAUGCUCUUCGUGGUAAUUUGUUAAAUAAGUGGGUUGAUGACGUGAAGAUACAGAUAGAGCAAUAUCGUUCUAUUUGGAAGGAUACAAGUGCUUCUAAAACUGCAGAAACAUUGUUUAAGCUUUUCAAGGAAGUAGUGUUGUAUGUUGGACCAAAAAAUGUUGUUCAAAUUGUUACAUAUAAUGCUGCAAAUUAUGUUGCUACUGGAAAGUUGUUGGAAAAGGAGUUUCCUAAGUUGUUUUGGUCUCCUUGCGUAGCAUAUUGUAUUAAUUUGAUGUUGCAAGACAUGUGGAAAUUGGAUGAAGUAAGUGAGGCAGUGUCACAUGCUUCAAAAAUUACCAAAUACAUAUAUAAUCAUUGUUUUGCAUUGUAUUUGAUGAGACAAAAUACAGGUGGAAGAGAAAUACUCCGUCAUGCUCCAACCCGCUUUGCUACUAAUUUCAUUGCAUUGCAAAGUAUUUUGUCUCAUAAAGAUUCACUAAGAGCCAUGGUAACAUUUAAAGAGUGGACAACCACAACUUAUUCCAAAGAUGUCAAGGAAAAGCAAUUUGUGGAACAAGUAUUAGACUCAAGCUUUUGGUCUAAAUGUGCUGACAUAUUGAAAAUUACAGAACCUCUUGUACGUGUGUUGCGUACUGUUGAUAGUGAAGAUAAGCCGGCUAUGGGAUAUCUCUAUCGAGCUAUGUAUAAAGCAAUAGAGGAGAUUGAGAAGAGGUUUAGAAGAAAUAAAUUGAAAGUAGAGCCUUAUUUGAAGAUCUUGGAUAACCGUUGGGAUGCACAACUUCGGAAAAAUCUCCAUGCUGCUGGUUAUUGGUUAAAUCCAUCUUGUAGAUUAGGUCCGGAAUAUGAAAAAAACAAGUCCACCACCCAAGACCUUUUGGAUGUCAUUGAAAAGUAUGCUUAUGAUAGUAAGGAUUUGCGAUCUAAAUUAACCGCUAAGAUGGCUUCAUUCAAAAAUUGUGAAGGUAGCUUUGGAAGGACAAUAGCAGUAGAAAACCGAGAUGAAGUUUUGCCAGAUCAAUGGUGGGACACUUAUGGAACUGAAGCGCCGAAUUUGCAAAAGCUGGCUAUUCAAAUUUUGAGUCAAACUUGUAGUGCAUCUGGUUGUGAACGAAAUUGGAGUGUGUUUGAACACAUUCAUUCAAAAAAGAGAAAUAGGUUGGAGCAUCAAAAGCUUAACGAUCUCGUUUAUGUUCGUUACAAUUUACGGCUACAAAAUAGGUAUUGCACUUAUUAUGCCUUAUAUGCUAUUGUUUCGAUACUUGAUGACAUGAAUAUUGGUUCUAUGGUUAAGAAUAUAUGA